GACAACGAAAGCGCCACCACCAGCUCUCUAUUUGAACAUUGAUUUACAUGCUUCGUCCCCGCAAUGUACCAAAAUAGACUGUCCUCUAUGUGGCUUGUUGUGCUACUGGUACCGUUAUUUGCGUUCUCACGAGCCGCGAACCGCGAGCUAUUGAAGAACAGCUAUUCAUGCAAUCAAAAAUGGCGCGCAUCGUAUUGCCAUUUCAUUCAUACAUACAUAUCAACGUAUUUAUGCCACGUAUAAAGGCCGAACUAUAUGAAUAUCGCCACCAAGCUGCUGCUCUCGAUGACGUCGCAUUCGCAACGAGAUGGCGCGCGGAGUAGCAUCGCCCAUCGCCAUCUCGGCACAAUGUCACAACGAGCUGUCAAUCGUGGGGUUUCAUUGCAGCACAAAACAUACAACCUACUGCCAAAUGGAAAUAUAUUUGCUGCUUGAUAUUGCUUUCGCUCUCGGAACAUAAUGCACCGAAAUACUUCAAAGUGCGCAAGCUCGUCGCAAUACAUGCAAUAUUGCACGUCAAGAAAUGGCUUAUAUAAAACAAGCCUCUUUUCCCUAAAAUAGGGCUCAUUGUUCACCAUUGCAUACACUUCCAGCCUCAAGUAACAAUGGCGGUUUCUAUAUCAAAGCUAUCCUUCGAACACCAUCGAAGUGCCUUGGGUAUUGGUGAAUCUGCCCCACGAAUAUCAUGGCGGUUCCAAGGCGAUGCACCGAACUGGGAGCAGUCAAGCUAUGAUAUCCAGGUGGCCAGAACGGGCAAAGGAGCUACAGAACCUGUUAUAUAUUCGCACAACUCUUCAGAAUCUCUCUACGUACCGUGGCCAGACCAGGAGCUUGCCUCCAUGGAAAGCGCCAAGGUUCGAGCCAGAGCUCAUGGAAAAGCUGGCCAAUCAUCAACUCCAUGGUCAGAUUGGGUGGCGGUUGAAACAGGACUACUCAAACCAGAAGAUUGGUCGGGCGCAACGCCUAUUGCUGCUAUUCGCGACUAUGACAUCAAUAGCCCCAAGCGUCCCAUCUACUUCCGCAAAACAUUUGCUUUAAACGAGACAAUCACUUCAGCUCGCUUAUACAUCACUGCACUAGGACUGUACGAGGCGGAGAUCAAUGGACAGCGGGUGGGCGACGCAGUAUUGGCGCCUGGAUGGCAGUCGUUCAACUACCGUCAUGUCUACGACACAUACGACGUGACACACCAAGUUAGCAAGGGCGAGAAUGCGAUCGGAAUUGUUGCAGGCGAAGGUUGGUUUUCUGGUAGAAUUGCUUUUGACGGACGAAACUGGUGGGGGAACAAUAUUGGAGUCCAAUCGCUGCUUCGCAUUACCACUGCCGACGGUCAAGUUAUGACUAUCCCCACCGAUGAAUCAUGGAAAUCAAACGUGGGACCAAUCGUAUCCUCAGAGAUAUAUGAUGGUGAACUAUACGACUCGCGCUUGGAAGAAUCCACCAAAGGAUGGUCGGAAGCCGGCUUUGACGAACGCGCUUGGCUUGCGGUUGGCAAGCUACCACCCGUCAAAGGCUCACUUGUAUCUCCGGAUGGCCCUCCAGUUAGAAAAUUGGAGACGCACAAAUACCAACAAGUUUUAAAAUCACCCUCUGGCAAGGUUAUUCUCGACUUCGGUCAAAAUCUUGUUGGCUGGCUAGCCCUCAAGGUGCAAGGCCCAAGUGGAACUAACAUCACGAUCCGCCACGCUGAAGUUCUUGAGCAUGGCGAAUUGGCCUUAAAACCGCUCCGCUCCGCUAAAGCAACCGAUAAUAUCAUAUUGCAUGGAAACGGUCCACAAACGUGGGAACCAAAGUUCACAUUUCACGGCUUCCGAUAUGCCGAGAUCGAUGGAUGGCCUGCAGACACACCCAUCAGCCAAGAUGCCAUUCAAGCGAUGGUGGUCCACAGCGACUUGGAACAGACUGGUUGGUUUGAGUGUUCGCACGAGCUACUAAACAAAUUUCACUCCAACGUCCGGUGGUCGAUGAAGGGAAAUUUCUUGACCAUCUCCACGGACUGUCCGCAGAGGGAUGAGCGUCUAGGAUGGACUGGUGAUGCACACGCCUUCGGCCCGACAGCAAAUUUCCUUUACGACACAGGAGGAUUUUGGCGUGGUUGGCAUCGGGAUAUGUGGUCAGAGAUACAAAGAAAUGGUGCCAUGAAGGUUCCUUUCUUCGUGCCCACAGUACCACCAGGUAGCAAUGAUCCUGGCGCUGCCGUCUGGUCCGACGUCUCGGUUGCUGGUCCCUGGGAUCUUUUCCGAUUCUAUGGUGACAAGGGUAUGCUUCAAGAACAGUUUGCCCAGGGCAGAGCUUGGAUCGACCAUGGUCUUCCCCGAAAUGCUGACCGGCUCUGGGAUCGCAGCAGCUUCCAGUUUGGAGACUGGUUAGAUCCAAAAGCGCCACCGGAGCAACCCGAUGCUGCCACGACACCAAAACAUCUUGUUGCCGAUGCCUACUUAGUACGAAUGACAGAGAUUCUCAUGCUUGUGGCUGAAACAUUGUCUGAUGACGUUACGGCAAGCGACUACCGAGCCCAACGCUCGCAGCUUGUUAAAGAGUUUCAGAAAGCGUGGAUGCCGGCAGGCAACAUGACCAAUCAGACGCAGACAGCAUAUGCUCUGGCACUUCACUUUGGCUUAUAUACGGAUAUAGACCAGCGCCACGCUGCAGCAAACGCCCUCCGUAACAUUGUGGCACAAAAUGAUUACCUCGUUGGGACUGGGUUCGCCGGAACACCGGCACUGGGACCUGCACUCCAAGAUGUGGGCGCCGCGGAAGACUUUUAUCGCAUGCUGCUACAAACAAAGGUACCCUCGUGGCUUUACCAGGUAGUCAUGAACGGUACUACUACCUGGGAGCGAUGGGACAGCAUGCAGCCCGAUGGCUCCAUCAACACGGGUUCCAUGACGAGUUUCAACCAUUACGCUUUUGGAGCUGUGGCAGAUUGGAUUCACACAACCAUUGGUGGUUUGGCUCCGGCCGAACCAGGGUGGAGGACGAUCAAGGUUGAGCCGAUUCCUGGUGGUAGCAUUACCAGUGCCGAGACCCGAUACGUUAGCCCCUAUGGUGCCAUCGAGCUCAAAUGGUGGGUGGAUGACGUCGGCUUCCAUCUCAACUUGUCUGUUCCUCCGAAUACAAGAGCCGUCGUCAAGUUGCCCAAAUCUCAAGAAACUCUCCGGGUUGGCUCAGGCAUCCACAAAUUCCACCAGUAGAGGGGGACAGUUUACAUCAAGUUGCUUCUUUUGUAGUUGGCUCAUAUGCUUGGGGAUGGUCCGUAACGCUCUUCGGUUACGAUAUGUGAUGCGGAACCAACAUCGCUAAGCAGGCGACGUAGC